AUGGCUGUGACGAGCCCAUCAUGGGCUCUGUCUUCCCCCCCCCCCUUUGAUUUCGAAAUUGCCGCGACCAACGGUGCCAAAUCAUCCAAACUUCCCGGGGAGCCCAGCCCAGCAAAGGUCGCCUUCGAAGCCGAGUUGGAGGCCUUGGUGCGCCGCGUGCACCACCUGGAAUUCCAAGCUGUCAGUCAUCAUAAACUCCCCGACAACCGCCAGCGGACCACUCCGUCUGCUAUCGGAUCCAACGAGAAGGAACCUGAUCUUUUGCGGACCUUUGGGCUCGGUCACCUUGACGAAGACGACACCGACGAGGAGGAUGAGGCCGGCGCAACGUGUGUGGUGCGCGAAGAAGACAUCAACAUCCUCCGCAAUCAUGUUCGCGACGAGUUGCAGAAGCAGGAGGAGCACACCCACCGUGCGCUCACCCAGGCCGAAAAUAAGGUUGUCGUUCUGCUCAAACAGGAGCUCCGGAAGCACCAGCAGGCCAACAAGGCCUUCCAAAAAGCCUUACGAGAAAUCAGCGGCAUCAUCACGCAAGUCGCCAACGGUGAUCUCUCCAUGAAGGUCCAGAUCCACCCCUUGGAGAUAGACCCAGAAAUUAUUACAUUCAAACAUAUAAUCAACACCAUGAUGGACCAACUGCAAGUUUUUAGUAGCGAAGUAUCUUAA